AUGGCCAUGGUCGCAGGGAGUCUCCCACAGCGCGAGGUCUUUGAUUCGGACUCCCAAUUUGAAGCGCAGUUGUGGCAACAAGUCUUGUACCAGGAUGAGCAGAAGGUCCUGUGGAUGAGCGAUGAAGCAGCCUCUUCCAAGCGGCAGAUGGAUGCCCUGAAGUUGCUGUCGCAGAACAUGUUGGAAUUCUCUCGCGGCCUGGGUGAUAUCCUGGCGCAGGAGACGGUGAGGUGGCAGCGGUUGUAA